ACCAUAGCGCCGCUCUUCUUCCUGUUCCGCGCCGUGACUGUGCUCCCGAUAGCGUUGAGGCGCAAGAUCCCGUUCAAGCAAUGGAUGACAAGCACACUGUUCCGGUUUGCCCUGGGCGCCCUGAGUCCCAGACACAUUCAGGCCGUGGUGCCUUCGACUGUCGAGACGUACGCGGCCUGGAUCAGGACGAAGGAGCCCCAGGAAGGCUUCCAGAAGUUGCAGCUGAAAGCCCAGACUGUGCCGCUACAUGUCGAGCCUGCGGCUUCCAUCCUCUGGCUUGGGGACCCGUCCCGCGCUACAAAGUUUGUGUUGUUCUUCCACGGGGGCGGAUACGUCGUGCCACUUCACCCGGGUCACCUCGACUGGUGCUGGAACGGCUACGUUUCCCAGCAAGAGCCGGAAGGAUCCGAGAAGGGACCCCGGCCCCACGAGGUCGCCGUCGCCAUCCUACAGUACAGCCUGUCUCCGGGGGCCAAGUACCCGACGCAGCAGCGGCAGGCGGUCGCCGCCCUCGACUACCUCCUGGGACGGGGGAUCGCGCCCCGAGAUGUCAUCGUCGGCGGCGACUCGGCGGGAGGGAACCUGACCGUCCAGCUGCUGCAUCAUCUGGCCCACCGCCGCCAGCCGGGAACGCCGCCUCUCGGAGACCCGGCGGCGGCGCGGUUCGCCGGGAUUUUUCUCGUCUCGCCCUGGGUCAGCGGCCACCACGACACGGUAUCCUACCGAGACAACGGCGCCGUGGACAUGCUGUCCGCGCCCAUUGUCGCCGGCUCGACCGCGCACGUUCUCGGCAGUGUUGGCGCGCGCGAGUCUGGCGCACACCCAGCAUUGCCGCUCGACGGCAAUCUUGGCUGGCUGGGGGCCAUCCAGCGCCUCACCGGAUCCCUCUACGUGACUUGCGGCUACCAGGAAGUGUUCAGGGACGACAUACUGUCGUUUGCCGAGGCGGUUCGGCUACGGAACCCGGGCCUGGACGUCAAGGUGGACGUUGGCGCCCGUGAGGUCCACGACGCCAUUCUGCUGGAAGGGGCCCAUGCGGUGGUCGGAGAUGCAACGCGUCGCAUGCGGGCGUGGGCUUCCUCUCAGCUACAAGAGGAGUCUUGA